AUGAACCUAUUUGUAACGCUAUGUAACGUUGCAGCGGAUAUGAGAGAAUUUAGUGAAAAAAUUUCUCUUGAGAGCUCAGUGAAAUGUAGGGGCAAUGUUCCUUCCAGAAAAGAUAUUGUGCAGCACUGCGUGUUGAUGCUCAUGUGUGUUAGGCUCGUGUUGCUGAACGUGAGUUCUGGAAAGGAAAAGAAAACAGAAGCAGAAGCAGAAACAGAAUGUGACGAGAGUAACUCUUCCUUAAAAUGGGAAUACAUUGACCUGGAACAACUUGGCAAAGCUAUUAUUAUGUCUGAGGACAUGUCGGAGGAAUCCUUUGGGAAUCUGGGGGUGCUUUUGAAAGAGACUUAUUCUGCAUGGUCCUUUUGCCAAGAAAUAAUUGGAAAUUUAUAUGACCUUGAUAACAUGGAGAUACAGAAGUUUUAUAAAGGCCCGGUUUUACCAGUAGUGGAACCAUCUUUGAUAGGAAUAGAAUCACUGGAUGAGGAAACUGGGGGAAAAGAUAACAAGAAAAGGGAACUUUUAGUGCCUUCAAUUAUUGAUGAAGGUGAAGAACACUGGAUUUUAAAGCCCCCUCUUCUAGAAUCUUCUAUAUCUUCUAUUGAUUUUCCUGGAAGUGAAUGUGAUAGGUCUAAUUUCUAUAGGAAUUAUUAUGGCAUAGAAACUGGUUAUCCUACAUCCAAGGAUUAUCUUCGGUUUGCUGUACCGGAUAGUGUGGUUGAAACUGACUCUUUGACACAAUCGCGUUACGUGAACUCUGAAGGAAAGAAUCAAUUCAUGGAGGUGUCAUCUCAGCAAGACAACCUGACAGUAAAGACAAUUCCAAUGAGAUUUUCUAUGAAUAGUAUACCUUUGGAAUUGGAUAAGGAAGGUCCUCUAGAGGUGCACCGGAUAUCGGGAGAUGUUCCUUGGGAAAAACGCUCCUUGCAAGUAAGUAAGUCGUUGAGUUUGAAGAAUAUGCUAGAAGCAUUGCUCCUUGAAGACUACGGAUGGACUAACCUUAGAUUGAACAUGCAAAACACAGAAGCUGUGUUAGGUAAAGCUCAGUGGAUGGCCCAGGUAGUCAUCACAACAAGUUCUGGUGAGGAACAAAUAAUUGCCCGUUCUCCUUUAUGUCCACGAUCACGUAUUGCGCAGAGUGUUGCUAUAUUUAAUACCGCGAAACGUUUUUUCCCCAGAGAACUGGAGUAUUAUGCUACACUUCGUCGUUCUGACGCAGUUCCAUUAUAUGUUAAAGAAGUUAUACAAAAUGAGGGUAGAGCUGCGGUUGAAGGUGUGUUUCAGCGUGGUACCGACAUGUUAGCACAAGUAAUGCAAUUACUUAACGAAGCUAAACCCUCUCUUGCACCUUUCUCAUGGUCAUUGGAUAUACUUGACGAGGAAAUGAAGAGUAUUAGUGAAAAGGUAGUGCAGAAGCAAGAUCCUUUUGUAUACCGUGCUGUGCUGUGUUCAAGCUCUGACACUGUGGUGGAGGAGUACACUGGUGCUAGGAAUGAAAGUGCCGUAAGUGUCUUGAGCAGAAUGCUUCGUAACGUGACCCGUCGGCUGGUUGGAGAUAAAGCUAACCAGAUUUGGAAUGAGUAUGAGUCUCACAUACCAGGGAAUAUUGGCAACAGCCGUGAACUUUCUCUGUAUAUGUUCAAUUCAUUUUUUGGUUUUGAAACACCUACGAGUUCUCUCCUUACAACUGCCCAUUCAGAACCUGUUAAAAGAGUGGCUGCAUUGUGGAAGGGGACAGGAUUUGUUUGCAUUAGAGGUAAGUGUGUAUUGAUAUCAGAGGCAUACGCUACCUCAAAACGAGAUGCUAUAAAUAACACUAUUUUACUUGCAUGCCGAGAGAAUUUUUCUCAUAUGCUUUAUCACAUUACGAAUUAUAAUCAGCGCUUACUUCGCUCAGAUUUAGUAGAGGCGGCAAAAGAAAUAUUGGAGCGAAAGAUUAUAAGUUCUCUGAAGGAAGCAGUACCAGAUACCGGCAACAUGAGCUGA